AUGGCAUCAAAUGGAGCAGUUUAUGAAGCUAGAAGUGAUCGCAUGAAUUACAAGAAGAAAAACAAUUUUCGUAUUAAUGAAUCAACUAAGACCCUGGUAAAAUGGGAGUUGGAUAUACGACUGGUAGCUUUGGUUGAAAAAACCAAUUUGAUAUCCUGGAAAGACAUAGGGGUCACACAUAUCGAUUGCAGUCUACUGAGGGCCUUUAUUGGAAAGUGGUGCAAGGUCACUAAUACCGCACGAUUAACUAUUGGUGAGAUGACUCCAAUGCUGUACGAUCUGUGGCACAUAUUACGGAUACCUGUGACAGGUGAGCCUGUAACAGGCAUAAGACCUAAAGACUACAUGGCUUUCAUCAUGGAGUAUUUGGGAGAUUGCCCUAAUGAUCUCGAUGAGGCAAGAAAGUAUGCAUGGGGUGCAACAACGCUUGCAUUCUUGUAUCGUUCCUUAUCUAAGGUUGUGGACGAGGAUACAUAUUUUAGUGGGUCAGCAACACUACUACAGUGUUGGAUCUAUGAGCAUAUUCCAGCUCUAGGCAGCAAGCCUACAACUAUCACUAUAGAAAUGCCUAAAGUUUAUAAAUGGAAGAAACAACCACGUAGGAAAGACCUAUUAACAACAUUUGAUGACAUCUCAAUUAACAUGGUGACUUGGCAACCAUAUGAGGAGUAUAGUCUACGAGAUACACUAAGUAAAGAAAACACGUUGUGCCGGUCACAUCUGAUAUGUUUCAACAUUGCAGAGUUCUAUAUGCCUGAUCGUGUAUUGCGACAAUUUGGGAUGAUGCAAGCGAUUCCUAUUGGGCCACUCAAGUGGGAUAGGAGAGUAAAGGUCGGCUUACAUCCCACAAGUUGGAUUGACGAGUUGAGUGCCGAGAUAAGCAACUGA